AUGAUGAUAUUCUUCAUUUAUCUAAAGGAUGAUGCACAUAUUUUCUGCAGGGAGUCCCAGGUUAAAGAUGAAGUGAGAAAAGCCUUGGACUUCAUUGAUUAUGUCUAUCAAAUAUUUGGUUUCACAUAUGAACUGAAACUUUCAACGAGGCCAGAGAAUAAGCUUGGAGAUGAUGAAACGUGGGAUAGGGCUGAAAGUGCUCUCAAGGAGGCUUUGGAUGAGUUUGGCAAGCCAUGGCAGUUGAAUGAAGGGGAUGGUGCAUUCUAUGGACCAAAGAUAGAUAUCAGUGUAUCUGAUGCAUUGAGUAGGAAAUUCCAGUGUGCAACUCUACAGGGAUUGGAAUCACCCGCUGAUGGUAGACGUUCAUCUGAGUCUAGCUACCGUAUUGGAGAUAAUGGAACUUCAGGGGGGACAAAUUAG